CGACAAUGGCCGUUCAGGCUGGGCACCCGAGCGACAACAAAGGGCCGAAGAUUCUGAGUGUUCUCUGGUCUUUGACCGGUCUGACUACAAUUGUCGUUAUUGCUCGCAUGUACAUUCGGUUCGUCUUGCUUCGGAAUGUCGGGUCAGACGACUACCUGAUUUCUGUGUCUCUGUUUCUGGGCCUGGUAUACUGCGGCAUUACGACUGCCAAUGUCGCCAUCGGCUACGGUAAACACGCCUAUGUCCUGGAGCAGGAAACUGUCGAGAUGGCCAGUCUGCUUAACUCGCUCAGCUUCUUGUUCGGGAUUCUCUCAUUUACUCUACCCAAGCUUGCCGUGACCGCAAUGCUCAACCGCAUCCUCAACCCAAGCCUCCUUCAGAAGACCUGGCUCUGGACACUGACGGGCACAGCAGCCGUGGUGUCUUGUAUAUGCAUUGUCGUGCUCUUCACAAUGUGUGAUCCCCCGGAGGGGCUGUGGAAGAUGCAUCUCGUGAUGGAAGGAAAGGCUACGUGCAGGGAUACGUGGAUUCUAAUCAACUAUGCGAUAUUCACAGGAGCGAUAUCCGCCUUCGUCGAUCUCUACCUCGCUAUCUACCCAACCACCGUGCUUAUGAAACUACACAUGUCUCUGCGCAAGCGUCUCGCCCUGUGUGCAGCUCUCAGCCUCGGAUCCAUCGCCUCCGCCAUGGCCAUCAUCAAAUGCACCCAACUCAAAGGCCUCGCCAACAAAGACGACUAUACAUGGGGGACCGCCGAUCUCGUCAUGUGGACCAACGUCGAAUCCAACGUCGUCAUAAUCGCCUCGUGCAUCCCCACCCUCCAACCCGUCCUCGAACUCCUCCUCGGCCGCCGCACCACAAGCUCCUACAACAACAGCCGCAACCGGUACAAAGACAGCAGUAACUUGAAAGACUCAUCAUACGUACAUAGCAAGCCGUCGAGACCAGCUCGGAAAUCUGAUCUCGCAAUCACGAAUGUGGAGAGUCAGGAGAGUAUAUUGCGCGGAGACGAGUUUAACAGUGGGGGCGGAGAUGCGCAUCCGAUGGGGGCUAUCAGGAGGACGGAUAAUGUGGUUGUCGAGUAUGAGACGAGGAAUGGGAGAGGGCAUAAGGAUGUGGAGGGGAGGGCGUCAGGGGGGUGGUAG